AUGAACUAUGAAUGGUUUUAGGAUGAUAAUCAAAUAAAAUUACGCUUUGAAAUCAAAAAUACUAGAAGCGAUAAUCUUGACAUCUAAGUAGCUGAUGUAGUUGUGAAAGUAAAUGUGCUGGACAAGAAAUUUGCUAAAACAAUUGACUUGUUGGCUCCUGUUCUUGAAGGCAAUAUUAAAUAUGGAGCAGAUGUACUCGAGGUCACAUUAAUCAAAGUGCAACCUGGCAAAUGGCCACAAUUGAGUCCAUCACUUAGUAAAGAGGAAUUGAUUCAAAGAAGAAAGGAUGCAUUUUUGAGAAAAGAUUAAGAAAUCCAAGCUUAAAAGAAAUUAAGAGAAGACCUUAAAUAACAAUUUGACUAACAUGCCACUAAGGAAUAGAUCAAGGUAGAUGAUCGUGAAAGAGACUUAAUUAAAAGAGAGCGAGAACAAUAAAGGAGUGAUGCAGUCUCUGAUCUGUAUGAUUAAGUUGGCUAAGAUUCAGGAUUUGAGUAGAAUUAAGUAGUCUAAUAAGAAGCAAAUGAAGACUAAAUAGAGGAAAGGUUGGGGGGGUUUGAAGGAUUUGAGAGUUAUAGGGUCAGAAUUGGGGGUGAGGCCAAGGCGGUCCCGACCUAUAUCUGA